CGCCCAACUUUGAACGUCCCUAUUAUCAUCGAAUCAUAUCGAGAUUAAUUUUUACACAAGACUUACGCCAAUUCCGUGAUGGAAGGCAGUAUGUACAGCCUGAAUCGGCUGCGGUGACUAACGGCAGGUCAUAUAUAUGACUUGCAAAAGUGGACCAAGAAUGUACUGCCUCCUUUUAAUGCAUACAUCAUGAUUGGGCCGGUGGUGCUUGGUGCACUCGUUAACGCCUGCCUCUUCGGCGGUCUUGCCAUUCAGACUCAUGUCUAUUAUGCAAAUUUCCCCAAAGAUCAUCGAGGGAUGAAGCUCACGGUGGCAGCCAUUCUCGCAUCGCAGAUUGCACAUGUGAUUUGCGUAUCAGCGACACUGUGGAAAGUUGCUGUCAGUGGCUACGGCAACCCUCUCACGCUGUCGAUCUUUCCGCUGGGAGCAGACGCGGCUAUCCUCUUCACUGCAAUUACAGGGGCGCUGGUAGAGUCAUCCUUCGCGUUCCGGCUGUGGAAACUUUCGAAAUCACUUACAUUGCCUCUCAUCUCGCUGGCACUAUGCUUAUUAGCUCAGUCUAUCGCGCUCACGAUGACAGUGAAAGCUUUCACCAUGACAGACCUUCUGACAUUCGAAACUGAUGAAAACAGACUGAUCACGCUUUCGCUCACCUCUCGUCUGGUUUGUGAGUUGACACUUACCCUGUCCAUGGUGUGGUACCUGAGGAAACAACGGUCGUCGACAUUUGCGAGUACAACGACCAUAAUUGACCGUCUGGUUUUGUGGACUCUUGAGACCGGCAUUAUUACUAGUUUGGUCGUGGUCUUUAUUAUGAGCUUCUUCCUGGCAAUGAAGCACAAUUACAUAUGGGUUGGAUUAUAUGCAAACCUUGCAACUGUGAAUGCGAACUCGUUACUUGCAUCGCUAAACGGCAGAUUAAUCCUUCGAAGCGUGCCAAACCAAAGCGUGAACAUGAAUACUCCGAGUAGUUUGGCUGGCGGGCGUAGCCGUGAAACCCAGUCUCUUGUGAUCGACGUCACGCAGACAGUCGAAACUGCCACAGAUGUUGUCAAAUACUAUCAAAGUGAAAUUUAGAACGGAGAAACCAGGGUAGCGCCAACAACGGUUAUAUGCUAUCAAUCAAUACCCAUUUGCCGAUUUGGAUGUACGUACUAGGGAACGCCGAGAAAUGUAGAGGAAGAGCCAUAUAUGAUAGUUGUCUCUUUCAAAAGGGCCCAACGCUAUCGUUGCAGUUGUGUAACAACUUUGGUCUGGUGACAACAGACGUCAUUUUCCAGGGGUUGGUUCGUAUUAAAUCAUAAGACGACCU